ACAAAAUAAUUAAACUAAGCAUAAUAGUGCUAUUAACCGUCUCGUUUCUAUUAUAAGAAAAUUAUAUUAUUCAACUACAUAAGCAUCAUUGUGCUUAAUCGCAAAUAAUUUCAAAGCAGCAGCUAUUGAAAAGUGUAUCGAAAUCUGUUUUUAUGACACAUUAAAGCAAUAACAAAAAAAUUUAUAAACAAGAAUAAACAACACGUCGCAGCCUGCAUACACGCGCUUAGGAUUAGAAAUGGAGGGCUAUCAGGAUAUGAGCGAGCUGGAAAAGUCGGUCGCGCACGCGGGCACCCAACUCUAUACGGUGGCACACAAAUUGCACGAGGUCGAAACGACAUUGGAUCACACCAGCAGCCUGGAUGAUGUUGAUGGCGUUUGUGUCAUGGAACUGCUCGAGUCCAUGGAGGAGGUCAAAGCGGAAUAUCAUCAUCUGGUACAAAAUAUACGCGAGGUGCACCAGUUGCAACGUGACGUCACCACAUCGAUACGCUUUCAAAUGCGUAACAUGCAGCAGACAUUCGAAUCGCUUAAGAAACGCAUCGAAUUGCGCGUUACGCAAAACUGAAAACCAUGCGCUGAGAGCUGUGAAAGUACGGCAUACAUUUAGGUGCUGGAAGGAAAUACGUAAAAUGGGAAGCUGUGGCGACAAGGCGUGAGAAUAAAAUAUAUUUCUUAGGUAGUCUUUAUUUUUUUACUUUUAUUUUUGAAUGAGAACUAAGUACGUCUUAAGUCGCCUCAUUUUUGUUUUUUACGUUCUUAGAGAUAUACAUAGAUUAUAAGUAACGCAUUUGUGUAUCAAAAUUUCCACAGUUUUAUUUUAAAAUAUGCAACACUAUUUCUGGCUAACUCUACUUGUUACUAUUUUUGUGCAUAUUUGUUGAGCUAUUAUUUAUUCUUUAUUAAGUUGGCAAAACUCACCGCCAAAAGUUA